UUCAUUAUAAAAAAAAUUUCACCCAAAAAAAAAAAAUUAUUCGUAUAAAAAAUCCCUUCCCCCAAUAAUUCCAAUAAUCAUUAAGAAAAUGCCACCAUUUUCAUCCAUCGUCUUCUUCUUCUUCUUCUUCUCCAUAUCUCUCCUCCAUUUCUCCGUCGCCGAUCUCGGAACCGCCGCCCAUUACGCCCCUCCUUAUCUCCCGACGGAAUGUUACGGCGGCGACGGGUCGCAGUUUCCGUCUAACGGUCAGUUCGCGGCGGCCGGAGACGCCGUAUGGGACAGCCUGGCGACGUGCGGGAGACGAUACGUGGUGAGGUGUGUGAGCGGAGACUGUAAGGAAGGCCAAGUCGUCGUUCCGGUCGUUGACUACGCUCCGACCACCGCGUCAACUUCCGGCGCCACCAUCGUUCUGUCUGAAGCAGCCUUCGACCAGAUCGCUAAUCUUUCAUCGUCUGUCAUCAAUAUCGAGUUUGAGCUGUUAUGAGGAGUAUGGAAUAUUUAUAUGGAUUGAUAAUGUAUUUUUUUUUUGUAAAAGGUGAAUGUGUAAUUAAAAAUAAAAAAAUGCAAAAAAAGAAUGAGAGCGUUUGAUCCCAAAAUGAAGUCAUAAAAAACAGACAUCUCCUUAUUUCAUUCUUCAUUAAUUGUUUCCAUUAAAGGUUUCUAUCUGCAUUUUCAUAUGAAGAAGGAUAAGAAGAGCAAAACAGAGAAAGAGUAAGCUCGAUCGGGCUGAGGCAAAAGGUUCGUUUAGAACCCGAGAAACAGCGCAUGUGAGGGCUCGUUCUCGUUUUUGCUUUCAUUUCUAUGUUUAUCUAGAUUCUCUCGGUGUAAUCGCUUCUCCAUAGGCUCAAAUUUCCAAGGAAUAACCUUCUCGAGAUAUAGGAAGAACAAGAGGUUCUAACUCGAAUAGAGUGUUCUUUUAUUUUCCGGUGUUUGUGCUUGAACAUGUGUUUACAUCGAAUACGAAAGUUUGUGCGUUCGAUAUGCUCAUAUUCAAAACA